AUGCUGCGGCGCGCAGCGCCCGCCGCCGGCUCGUGGCUGAGGCGACUGCGCCACCGUCUGAGCGACGAGCUCGAGCUCUUCACCUUCUCCAUGUUCGCCGCGGCGAGCACGAGCCUCGCCACCAGUGGGGCCGUGCUGCACAUCACGCAGUGGUCUGGCCACGAUGUCGGCUCCGGAGGCCGGCUGUGGGGCGGCUCGCGCCGCCUCGUUCGCUACCUCGAGGUGCACGGCGACGGCAGACGCCCGCUGGACGGACUCCGGCUGCUCGAGCUUGGCGCGGGCACAGGCGGCGUGGGGCUUGCGGCGGGGCUGCUGGGCGCGCACGCGACGCUGACCGACCAGGCGUCCUUCCUCUACCCCGGCGAGGAGCUGCCCACCAACGUGUCGCAGCCGAGUCGCACGCUGCUCGACCUCGCGCGGGAAAACGUGGCGCGCAACGAGGGCGCAUUUGGCGCCGCGCCGCCCGUGGUGGCGAGGCUGCUGUGGGGCGACGAGGAGGACGAGCGAUCGCUGCCGCACCCAGAGUACGACGUCAUCUGCGGCGGCGACAUCCUCGGAUUCACGGCUGCGCACGGCGACCUGCUCCGCACACUGAGGCGCCAGCGAGGAGGGGCCCUCCACACACGGGGAGACGCCACCACCGCGCUUCCUCAAAGCCGGGGAUCGUCCGCCGCCUGCGCUUCGGAGACGGAGUUCCCGCCCGACCUCGCGUGCUUCCUCUCUGCCGUCGCGGCGGAGGGGCUGUGGGCGCCAGCGGUGGGCCAGGGAGCUGAGAAGCGCAUCACGAAAAAGAAUUUUUUGCUAGGGCGGGGCGCGAGCUGCCGGUUCGCACCGGCGGUGGUCGGCUUCUGCUCCCUCUGGCUCGCCAAGCACGCCGAGUCCUACCGCGUGUGGCGCGAUGCAGACCUGCGGGCGCGGCAGCUCUGUCGAAUGAGGAGCGAGUACGAGGACCUCGACUCGCAGCCGCUGGAGGUUGAGGACGAGGAAGAUGAAGAGGAGCCGGCGACGCAGGUCUUCGCCUUCUUUGCUGCACGCUGCGCUGACGCCGAACCCUCGUCGAGCCCCGACGCCGAGCCGGCAGUCUCUCUCCCGUCUGAGGCGGCAAGCAGCAGCGCCGCCUCCGCCCCCCAAUCCGGCACCUCUCGCGACGGCCCAGAGGCGCCGAAGCGGCCAAAGUCGUCUCUCGGCCGGCGCGCGUCCGUGGAGGCCGCCGCGCUGCAGGCGCUCUUGCGGCAGCGCACCUUCUACCGCGAAUUGGACGGCGUCGAGCUGGAGAGGGAGGCGUCGGUGGACGUGUGA